AUGCCGGCACAACCAAUUGAGAAGAUCACAGGAACACAACCGGGAGUACGAUUGUCCAGAGGAAGAUGUUCUUGCCUGUGUUUGAUUUCCUACAUGCCGUACAUGAUGAAGGAAUCGAAGGACAGUACAUGCUGGCCUGUGUUGAUCGAUCUUCUGUCCUUCCGAGAUUUGUUCUCAUGCAAAACAUUGGUGUCGGAGAAGAUAACGCCGGCAUCACUUGCAACAAAGGACGUCGACUUCAUCUCCGGUAUCGAGUUCGGUGAUGGUACAUGCGUGGCUCUGUCGUUCUCCUCCUUGAUCACGUAG